AAGAAAGCAUAAUGGCUGAUAACAAUAAAUAUGACUACGCCUACGAUUAUCCUGAAAUGGAAGAUCCGUUUGUCAGUGUAGAGACUUGCAGACAAACGGACAAACCAGAACCACAGAUAUUACAAAGUCUGAUCUUCAAAGAAAAUGGAAACAUCAAAGAUUUGACCGCCGAUGACUUUAUUUCUUUUCUGGAAAACAAUAAAGGAGCAAUAGGAAAAGACAUCCUGAGAUUUGCAGAGACACAAUUAGUGCCAAAACUUCAGAAAUCCAAAGACAUUACAUCGCUCUCAACGCUGCUUUCUAUUGACGAAAUUAAAUUUCAGAAUUGUGUUUUGAGAUCUCUUCAAAAAUUAUUAAUGGAGAUAGAUCUCAAUGAAUAUUCGGUGGAAGUCAUUCAAUUGUGUCUGAAAAACAUUGCACAAUUUUUGCAAAAUUCUCAAGAAGAAGAUUCUCUUCAAAUGAUUGUGAUGACAGUUCCAACUGUGCUUCGAAGUUGUGCGAUAGCCGUAAUGCUCCACUGCUGCUACAGAAAAGUAAAAAAAGCGAUGUUUAACAACAUUAAUAAGAGUUGCGAAACAAUAGAAAAAGUAUGGAAAACUGCUAUUUCUAGAAAAGGAAUAAAAAAGGAGGAACCAUUAGAUUACCAGAUGGUUCAGGGAGGUUUGGCUUUGGCUGCAACCAUGGGGAAGUUUAAGUAUGGGCCACAUUUAAGGGAUAUUUUUCAAAGUUUGGACGAUUCUUUUACAUCCUCGGGACAUGAUUUGUCACUCGAGAAGAUAGGAAGUAAUGGGACUGUUGCAGACCAAUAUGUUGUUACUCUGGGAAUCUUAACAAAGAUGACAAGCAAUCCACCACAAAUGUGUAAGAGGUUCAUUAGUUUUUUGCAUUCAAUACUUCACCAAAAAAAUAUUGAAAAGAGAAGGACAGAUCCUGAAUUCAAGCAACUUGGACAUCUUGUUAUUAGUGGAAUAGCAUUUAUAGCAAGAAAAUUUUCUCAGAUAGAAACGGAAAAUUUUCACAUCAUUGAUUUUUUUGCACGUGGCCAACAACUCCCCGAAGAAAUGUCUGACUUUCUGUUGUCCGUAAACGCUACAGUAGCGCAACCAUUUAUUUCUAGCUUGAAUCUCUCCGAGGGAACAAUGAUUGAGCUAGCCGAGUCCUAUAUUGCAAGAGCAAUUCCAGGGCUAGUCGUUCAUAACCAAGAUCGAGAAAAUCUUCCAAAACUGUCAGAUCAUUCUCAUUGGAUGGUAUCCGGCGGUCGAUUAUUUAAAAACCCAGUGCGUAUGGCAAUUAAAGUACCAGGAAUAUCAGGUAUUCAAAUUCAAAAUUGUAAGAAUGUGAUCGAAAGUAACCGAUUAGUGAAUGAAUUUGAUGUAUUAAGGACAAUACAUGGAGGCAAAACUGCGAAUAUUGUGAAAUUGUGGGCAUUCAACCCUAACCCAAGUCCGUUAUCGUUUUACGUUAUUGAAAGGUUUCAGACAUUCCUUGUCGAUAAACUUUUGCAUGCACGAAAGUAUAAUGAAUUCCUAUCAGAAGAUUGGAUGAUUGAACGACUUUUGGACGUUGGAGGUGCCAUUAAUUUUCUUCACCAGAAGAAAAUAAUACACAGGGAUAUUACCAUUAACUCUUUUGCAAUAAGGGAAUAUCCAUCUCCUGGACACGAAAGAGCGGUCCUCUGUAGUCUUCAGUUGGCCUGCUCUAACGACGACGAAGUAUCAGCCAAAACGGGACAUAUAGCGGAUUUUCAUGGAGAGAACAUUCCCACCAGAUGGUCAGCCCCAGAAUCACUUUGGGAAGAUAAAUACGAUGUUUAUACUGAUAUUUGGAUGAUCGGUCACGUGAUCCACUCACUGUUCACUUACGGCUGUGAGCCAUAUACAGAGUUGUACAGUGAGACAACAGACGACAUCAUGGCGAAAGUCGUCUCCUGUGGAUUGAAACCUUAUAAAUGGCCAUGUGUUCCCCUGCCUUACCACAAACUUGCCGCCGACUGUCUGUGCUUUGACAGAGGAAAAAGAACAAGCAUUGAUAUAAUCUGUCAACGUUUGAAAGAAAUAAGAAAAAAACAAGAAAGUGUUGAGAAAUCUUUGUCCCUUGCAGAUUGUGAACAUGGGUUGCCCAAAAUCUCAGAUCAGCAAACUGGAAGACAACAUAAACCCGAGCGGGGAAUUCCACCGGUGGUGAAGGAAAUGAAAAUGACAGGAAGAGAUAAAAGAAAAAGCUACUUUGAAAUAAAAACGCGUGUGCCAACAAGUCCUAAUCCCGACUACGCGCCUCUUGUCAUGACUUUGGGUAAAGAGGAUCUUCUGUCUCCAGAUGAACCAAAAAUUAGAAUAAAGAGAUUUGAACUUGAAGUAGAGGAAGAAGUAACUGUGGACUUUCAUGACAAAAUAUUACCCAAAAUGAGCCCAGAUUUUGGAGAGAAAAUGUGCAUACGAUGGCCACCAGUGAAGCAGCCUUUUUAUACCACCCAGGAAGGCAAAGUAAUAUUGAAAUACAGUUUCCCAGCAGCUAAGAACAUAAUGGAUUGCGUUUCCAUAUACGUUAACAACGCACAGGAAGAGGAAAAUCAUCACCUCCGUAUUGUACAUCAAGUCGCGUGUCUGGUGAAAAGGAUGCAUGAAAAACGUUGGCUAUUGGUGGAUUUAACUGGAAAAAGCAUAUAUAUUAUUCGAGAGAAAAAAGAUUUCAAGGCUUGUCAAUUACGAAUAGGACGGAUGUUGAGACUUCCAUCUGGAGCAGAUAGCAUUAAGUGUGAUAGAAAGCUAGAAGAUAUUAUGCACUGGCUUCCAAAGGAGGUGAUUGGCCACGGUGAAAUUUCCACAGGAAGUGACGUUUAUACAAUGGCCAUGCUGUUUUACGAGUUUUACAUGGCGGUCUCUGGAAAUGAUCAGCUACAAUCUGUACCCUUUUCCUACAAACACAGAUCUCAAAUAUUAAGUCAUUUAAAUGACGGCCAUUUUCCUAAUCGGCCACCUGCUUGUCCUGAAUGGUUAUACGAGGAAGUGAUGAAGCCAUGCUGGGACCAGGACAGAACAAGUCGACCGUCAGCCGCAGAUAUUGAAAGCAUCAUAGCAAGAAAGUAUUCUAAAGCCGCAGAAAUUCCCAGACCCAAAACUACAAGGAAUACAGCAAUAUAUGAAAGAAAGACAGACACGGAGGUCGAAACGUAUGACAAUUUUGAAAUCAAUUUUGAAGCUUACCAAGAUGCGAUCUCAGACAAAAGGGCUAGUGGUGGCGAAAGUGACGAAGAUUAUGUUUAUGUAGAGAAACAUCAACCUACAGAUUCUUGCAGUGGAAUACCAUCAUCAGAGAAGAACGGUUAUUAUAAUGAUGAAAGAAUCUCCGAAGAAAUAAUUCUAGAUACAAACGCAUCAAAUGGAGCCCAAUCUUCAGCAAGAAAAGAAUCUUUAAAAUUAAAGCAAAAGACAGUAAUUCAGAGAACCCUAGAAAGAAAUUAUUUUGAGCAUGCUGAUACACAUGAUGAUCAGUCUUUUGGAAAGAUAGAUGUUCCGAAUUAUGAACUGUUUUCUGAAUCGGGAGAGUUUGAUGCUGGAACCGACACCUACAGUGAAAUUCCAGAUUACGACAAUAGAGCCAUCCAUUCCUUAUCCUUGGACCAACAACCAUUUCGAAGUAUUAGGACAACUAAUAUGGUUCUACCUUUACCCCAUGUACACAAAGAAAACCCAAUAUUCCAAACUGAUUCCUCUGUCCAUCCAUGUGAAAAAGACAAUCCCAGCAUCCGGUAGAUUUUACAUUUCAUAUACCUGCACAUUCAAUUAGUGUACUGUACUAAAUCACAAAUUUCAACUGCAGAAAGCCCCUGUACACAAGAGGAUUUAUCAGAUGAUUUUGGACAAUGAAAACUAUGAUGUAAACUGAUAUUUAUGCAAACUUAUGAUACAAAGCUGAUGAAUAUUUAUUACAAAAGCCCUUGAUUUCCAUAAAUAUUUGAGUGCUUCUAUGUGCGAAGUGAUUCAUAUUCUCGGAAACACAUUGAAAUGUGGGUGGCCAAUUGAAAGUAAAGGAGGGUGGGGGAGCUUAACCAACAAAAAAGGUAAACCCCAUUUUCAAUGCCUAUAUCAUGUUUGUCUUUGGGGAUAAUAUAUAUCUGUG